UCACUCUCUCUCUAAUUCAAAUUUCACUUUUUCCACACUUUACUUUAUUUUCGGUUUUCCUCUCUUUUUUAAGCAGCGCUUUCUUCAACACUCCACCACACUAACCCAACUCCUCUGUUUUCCCUUCAAAACCAAGCUCUGUACUCUACCUUCAAUGGAAGAAGCUUCAUCACCACUCCCCCACCACCUUCUCCCACAGCCUUCCCCAAAACCCUACAAAAAAAACUUAGUCACAACACUAAUGGAAGCAGCUUCACUCCGCACUCCUUCCUUCAAAGAAGACACUUAUUUCAUCACCCACCUCAAAUCCUCCGAGAAAAAAGCUCUCCAAGAACUCAAACACAAGCUUUCCUCCGCCUACGCCGACUCCGAAUCGCCGGAUAACGGUUGCUCCAUGUGGGGAAUCCCUCUCCUGGGCGGCGCUGAGAAAGCCGACGUGAUCCUCCUCAAGUUCUUACGAGCUAGAGAUUUUAGGGUUCAAGAUUCUUUCAACAUGCUCGAGAAGUGCUUGUCGUGGAGAAAAGAUUUUAAGACGGAUACUAUUUGCGACGAGGAUUUAGGGUUUAAAGAACUCGAAGGGCUCGUUGCGUACAUGCAUGGCUACGAUAAGGAAGGGCACCCGGUUUGUUACAAUGCUUACGGAGUUUUCAGAGAUAAGGAAAUGUAUGAGAGGAUUUUUGGAGACGAUGAGAAGCUGCAAAAGUUUUUGAAAUGGAGAGUUCAAGUUCUUGAAAAAGGGAUUAAUUUGUUGCAUUUUAAACCGGGUGGUGUUAACUCUAUUAUUCAAGUUACCGAUCUUAAAGAUAUGCCUAAGAGAGAGCUUAGAGUUGCUUCUAAUCAGAUUUUGUCUCUGUUUCAAGAUAAUUACCCUGAAAUGGUUGCUCGUAAGAUUUUUAUCAAUGUGCCAUGGUACUUCAGUGUGUUGUAUUCAAUGUUUAGCCCAUUUCUUACUCAAAGAACUAAGAGCAAAUUUGUGAUCUCCAAGGAAGGAAAUGUUGCAGAAACACUUUACAAAUUUAUAAGGCCGGAAGAUAUUCCAGUGCAAUAUGGAGGAUUAAGUAGGCUAAACGAUUUGCAGAAUGGCCCACCUAAACCAGCUUCUGAGUUUACUGUAAAAGGAGGGGAGAAAGUGAACAUUCAGAUUGAAGGAAUUGAGGGUGGUGCAACAAUUACUUGGGAUAUAGUGGUAGGAGGAUGGGAAUUGGAGUAUAGUGCAGAGUUUGUACCAAAUGCUGAAGGAAGCUACACAAUUGCAGUGGAGAAGCCAAGAAAAGUAGCUUCAUCAGAAGAAGCGAUACAUAACUCUUACACAUCGAAAGAAUCCGGAAAAAUGGUUUUAUCCGUCGACAAUACGGCCUCUCGGAGAAAAAAGGUUGCUGCUUAUCGAUACUUUGUCCGCAAAUCUACUGCUGUUUAGUUAUAGUUUGCUAAUUAAGUAUAAUAACAGAGUUCGUUGUUUUUUGUUUUUGCUUGCUUUGUUUUAGUUAUUUUCAGAGGUUAAUGAAUCUUAGUUACUU